AUGAAUGGCCCACAACCGCAGGAGACGCUGCUCUCCUCAAUCCACAAAUUCAUAGUGCACAAUGAUUUCCCUGCGCGCGCCGUACACCCAUAUGCUUCUGGCUCAGAAGCACCGACGGCUCUCCUAGAGCAGCUGGUCGCCACCGCGGACAACAUGUCGCACUCGCUGCAGAUGUACUCGACGAUGCCUGUAUCGAAUCCAAAGCUCGUCUCGCUGUUGCGAGAACACGCUGCGAUAUCCCGGUCUAUCUACACCUUAGAUCAGAGCACGCACCAGAUCCUAGAUGCGCUGAAGAAGCGUCCUGAGACGAAUUAUGGCGAGGACAUACCAUCAGACAAGUCGACGAUCAUCUCAUGGUCUGUUGGGCGGCUGCAGACUUGGGGGAAAGCCGUUGGAAUGGAAUUAUUUCAAGACCAGAAGGACGGCGGGAUUAGUCUCAUGCUUGGGGGGAAGGUAAUUGUCAUAGAUAUUGAUCUUUCAGUGGACACGAAAGACCCAGCGAAUCCAACCGUCGAAGUGACUAACGUGAAGACAGCCUACGCUAUCCCGAAUACCUCGUCGCAAGGAGCUUCGACAUCGUUGGAUGGUUUACUCAGAGACAGUGUCAGCGCGUUUCUGACCGAGGUUCAGAAAUCAGACGACACCAUGUCUCCACGAGAGGCUGCGAGACUCGGGCAGAACAUCCGAAGCCAUCUAUCGUAUCUGGUUAUGUUAGACCAACUUGCGGCGUUGGACACUGGUGCUGGGAUCCAGUGGUUCGCCGAUGUUGACGCCCAAUCAUCCUUGCUCGAGCUGUUCUCCAAGAUAGAAAGCGAGGCGGUCGCAUCGACCUCCCCAUCGCAGCAAGCACCUCUGGAUAUAUAUUUGCUCAGAGCCCACUCCCUUCCCCUUCCAUAUCUACAAAGACCAUCCCUCUCUUUCCUCGUGUACCUUUCACCUCUAGCCUACCUGUCCCUUCUUCGCUCUGUCCCAAAAGACAUUCCUUCCGCCAUAACACCCAACCUCCCCUCAUUCGACAUACCACUAUCCCACUUACGCUCCUCCAUCACCUCCCACUCAAAAGGCGUUACCCUUGCUACCUUAUCCCUCCAAAAAAGCACCUUGCCCAUCCAUCAAACUCUCCCCACAAUCCCUGUGGGCAGCAGCCGUCCAACAUUUGCGCUUCCUCGCGCAGAGGCCGCUGGACGGCCCGACCACACCUUCCCUCAAUACACGCCACCCAACGCAAACUCCAUGAACGUCGCAGACGCGCCCUUGGAGCAUUAUGCCUGGAUCCUGGAUUUCACGGGUGAUGGACAGUCCCCUGGCGUUGUGAUGUCGCAGACGAGGAUGCGGGAAAUCGAGGGCCUUGUGAAGCAGGAUACUGGAUUUGAUGUGCCCGAUGCCAUGAUGACGCUGAAUACGCAGAGUUGGAUAAAUCUGUUGCUUAAUCCUGGAGAACAUGUCUCUCCUGAACGUUACACGGCACUAUACAAAUCACCUACAUCUGCACAUCCACCACUACAACUUCGCCUCACUGCACCCGACGAACCUGGCUUCCGUCUUGAAAAGGUACACGUUUGCAGUAUGAAGCAAGUCUGGGGUAUCCUGGAGAUUGUCAAAGAGCAAUGUUGGUUGAACGAGAUAUUACUUGGAUGUAAUUGGACUCCAGAAGGUUUGGAUAUGGGAGCAGAUGAGCUCCCCGAAGAGUCAGCUGAAGUGACCGAAGACGAUCUUCAAGCCACUAUAUUAUAUCUCACUGUAGGCACCCUCACACCUCGCAAGCUACCUGUCAACAUCACCCUUCCAUCUCUAUCGCCCCAACUCGACCUCGACCCCUUCGCCUUCGACGAUGCCAUGACCAUCCUACAAACAUCAGCAACACCAAGCCGCCCGCGCAUCGCGAUGUCAUCGCCUGAACGACCCCCAAUGUCCGGGGACGUGCAGAUCACGGUGGAGUACGACGAAACGCGGCCGAGGGGCGUGAAGGUGGAGGUUAGUGGGAUGAUAGGCGUAGAGUUGAACAAGGAAACUAUGGAAGAGGCCGCGAGGCGAGGCGGGGUGUUUGGGUUGCCUGGCAGGGUCUGGACGAGCUCGCGAAAGCUGAUGUGA